GUACGCCAAGCAUCGUCCUCUGAUGCAGCUGCCAGACUGCUUUUGAAGAUACUGAAGAAUAGAGCAAACUGCGAAACACCCCUUAAAACGGCUUUAGCAUGCCUAAAACGCAAGUAUCGCACAUUUGACGGCACAUGCAACAAUCUUUGUAACAUAACUCUGGGAUCCGCGGAACAACCUCUAGAGCGUUUACUGCCACCCGACUAUGAAGGAGAUCCUGGUAGUCAAGCACCACGAAGUUUGGGAGUUGAUUUUAAGCUACUUUCAAAUCCCAGAAAAGUUAGCGUUGAAGCUUUGGAGAACAAUGAUACUGCGAAUAUCAAUGGCACUAUUGUGAAUUUUACCCACCUGACAAUGACCUGGGGACAAUUCCUAGAUCACGAUAUCACCUUAACAGAGCUGUCUGAAGGCUUAGAUUGUGGGAUAAACAAUGCACCAUGCCAACCCAUUCCUGAAUGUGUUAACAUAAAAAUCCCGAAUGGUUUAGAACUGUUAUUUAACGAAUCUGUACAAUGCAUUCCUCUUGCGGGGUCUGUGAGAAACCCAGCUGGUGACCAGGUU